AGCGGCUCCGGACCCACACACCGAGCCCUGCGCGCCCGGCCUUGGGGCUGGGCUGCCUUCCCGGCCCGGGCUGUCUUUCGCGGAGAUCGCCUGGCGCGCUCGCCGGACUACUCGGCUGCGGUGGCCUGGGUGCAGGGCUUGCGGCGGGGACUCCUGAGAGCUGGGAACCAGACUGCGUGGGUUUGGUGUUGGGGCGGAGGUUGGGGGACGACUGUCAGGGUGGUAGACCCGAACCGAAGUGUUGUCCCACUGGGGCCCUGGUUUGCGAUGGCGCUGCCACCUCCCACCCGGUCCCCAAAGUGAGCUGAAGGCUUUGGGAGGGGAUCUUCCAGGAAGGGAGCGCCCGGGGCGCUCCAGGGCCGGUCCGGGGCCAAGGCUGAGGGAGACUUAGGCUCUGCCGCUGUUUGCUUUGCAGCCAGGCCAGAUCUACGCACGCCUUGUGGGUCCCGCGGUUACCCUCCCGAGUCCUGGCUGCCCAGCCCAUCCGGCCGUCGGAGAUGUUUUAUUUCCACUGUCCGCCACAGCUAGAGGGCACCGCUCCCUUUGGUAACCACUCUACGGGAGAUUUCGACGAUGGGUUUCUACGGAGAAAACAGCGCCGGAACCGGACCACGUUCACUCUCCAGCAGCUGGAAGCUCUCGAGGCAGUUUUUGCCCAAACACACUACCCCGAUGUCUUCACCAGAGAAGAGCUAGCCAUGAAAAUAAACCUCACAGAAGCCAGAGUGCAGGUUUGGUUCCAGAACCGAAGGGCCAAAUGGAGGAAAACAGAGAGAGGGGCCUCUGACCAGGAGCCAGGAGCCAAGGAGCCCAUGGCAGAGGUGACGCCCCCGCCCGCAAGAAACAUCAACUCCCCACCCCCUGGGGACCAGGCCCGGAGCAAGAAGGAGGCCCUGGAGGCCCAGCAGAGCCUCGGGCGAACUGUGGGUCCCACAGGGCCUUUCUUCCCCUCUUGCUUGCCGGGGACCCUCCUGAACACAGCCACGUAUGCCCAGGCCCUGUCACAUGUCGCCUCCCUGAAAGGGGGCCCACUGUGCUCUUGCUGCGUCCCAGACCCCAUGGGGCUCUCUUUCCUCCCCACCUACGGCUGCCAGAGUAACCGCACGGCCAGCGUGGCCGCCCUGCGCAUGAAGGCCCGCGAGCACUCGGAGGCUGUCCUGCAGUCGGCCAACCUCCUGCCAUCGGCCAGCAGCAGCCCCAGCCCCGCGGCCAAGCCGGCGCCUCCGGACAGCAGCCAGGACAAGACCCCUCCCAGCAAGGAACAGAGCGAGGGUGAAAAGAGUGUAUGA